AAAAUAAUAAUAAAUGUGCGCAAGCAAUAAGCAGAGAUAGAAUGUCGCUGCAAACAGCUCUGGCAUUUAUAUUCACCAUAUUAGCAUCCGUUAGCAUUGUAGCUGCCAUUAUAUUGUUGGGUUGGUUUUUGAUCUGGAAGGCAUUUCUAUCGAAAUUUCGUCUGGUGCGGGAACUAUUGGGCCAGGAGGAACCCGAGGAGCAUCACCAUCACCACCAGCAACACGAGCAAAAUCAAAACGCACGCGGAGCACGCAAAGCGAGACGCGAUUAAACAAAUAUUAAUUAUAUAUAUAUACUAAAAUUAAAGAUAAAAUAUUCAACAACGAUCAAGAUGA